UACAAAUAUAUGCACCGACCUUCUGUUUGUAUUAGUGGACUCUGCUGACUGGCUGCUCAUCUUUAAAUCAAACGAACGAGUUGUAUACCAGUCGAUCACCAUGGUGACAUCAGAUGAGUUUACCCGACUGAUACCUUGGGCCUUCUACAGCUUGCUGCUCCAGCAGAGUGCUGAGCUGCUAAGGAGAGCUGUGUGUUGUCCAGGGUUCCUCCAUACUGCUGUCCUCUGCUACAUCAGUCUACUGCAGCUUUUCCUGGAAGGACACACACUCACACCGGCCACUGAACCCUCUGACAGUCAGAUGGAGCCUUUCCAGAUCCUGAGCCACACCAAGCAGUUUCUUUUGAGAGCGAUCUCGCAGACGUCUCCAACUGCUCUGUCCGCCAGCCAACUCAGACAGCUGGAGUCCCAGUGUGCAGACCUGGACUCAGAGGUGGCAGCAGCUCUCUCUGGACACUUGGACCGUCACAGCCUCAGCCCAGAGAUGGACUUCCUCUGAAAAGCUGCUGAAUGACAGUCUGGAAGAGAAGCUGUCCGACUAUCCAACCCAACUCUACAUCUAACAGAAACACUGUUCAGAUUUGACCAGUUAAGUCUAUACUAAAUACUCUCAGCUUUGUAAAAAAAACAUUUUAUUUAUGUUGUUUUAAACAUAAUGCACGCAGGACUUUAUUUUACACGUGGACAUCUGAAGCCCUUUUCACUGUUUACAAUACAGAUAUAAACUCUUAAAGAGUACUUAGCAUUGUAAUAACUUAAUAAAAAUCAGUGACAUAAUAAAAACUGAACUGAAUCAUCAA